CCUCAAUUACCACAUUUCAAGUUGCAAAUACCACAUAAACUGCCCCCAUUAUCAAAAUGUUGUAACGUUAUAUGAUUCGAAAUACUACGGAACCAAAACAAUAGACCCAAACGAUCGACCGCUAAGCAAAUUGACCAGACGUGUUGGUGUCUUACUCUAAUCAAAACUUUGCUUUUUCUAUUAUGUUUCUGGCUUGUUUUUACCAAACCUCUUUGCCCUGUCACUGUGGGUUUGCUUUUGCUCGCCUUUGUACAUUUAGAUAAGUACUGGUUUAACUUCUGGGUUUUCCAAAAGGAAUCUCCGGCAGUUACUAAUACUAAACUACCAUUCGCGAACCAGAGACAUUGAAAAACAAAAAUAGUAAUAUUGAAAGACAGAACACUGCGUUGUGUUGUGACGGAAAUUUACAGAGUAAUUAAUUUGUAAUUACUCGUAACCGACUAUUGUAUAGAGUAUCAAUCGGCACGAACAAAAAGGUGAAAAAAAGGACUCCAAUUGCUAUGAUCAUGGCGAUAUUGGAGCUAUAUUAUAAAUAUUGUACAUAUACCAUACGUCCAUUAUUCUCAUAAGCAAAAAUGAAAGCUAUGGCAGCAGCGACUAGAUCAUUAUUGGAGCUGUCCAUCUUUCUGCUGAUCACCGCCGCGGCAACCACCGCCGAAACCUACGAAGGCUACGACUCGGCCUCCGGCCGAUGCCGCGGGGGGAACGGUGGUGACAUGGAACUGGCAGGGCAGAUAAUGCGAUCCCUCGUCCACGAUUUGAUCGCGAAAUUGCCGCAUAGACAGCAGACGAACUACUGCAACGAGCUGACGCAUGAUGGUCUGAAGAUGUACGGCUACGCGGAGUGCCUCGGUCGGGACGAAAACGGAGACGCCAGCAUGGGAGCAUGCACCCACUGCUUGGAUAUGGUGGGUAAGGCACUGAUCGUCGGUUGUCGACUAACCGGCGCCGGCUCCUACACGGAUCUUCGCUCGUUUUGUUCUUUCAAUGUUGGAUACUCCUUCGAUGUUUGUCGCGAGGGGAGUUACUAGCUAGCUAGUAACUUUUUAUUUUUAUUUUUAUUUUCCCAUGUUUGUAGUCCUCCUCCUUUGGUUCUGUAAUAUUGGCUACUAGCUAGCUAGUCAGUGACGCUGACUAGCUAGCUAGCUAGACGGUUGAUGAUUAUGGGGAGGAAUGAAUGCAUCGUAUCCAAGCGAUGAUUUUACUUUCUCGAGUGAUGGUGGUUACUAUAUUAGAAAGUGAAUUUCUUGAUUUCAAGCAGAAUUAAAAUGUUUUGUGAUAUCGUUAGACAUUCAUGCAGUUAUUGAUUUUUGGGUUUGGAAAAUUUUUAGACGGAGCAUUAUGGGGUCCUUUGGAGAAUAUGAGUUUGAAUCUAUAGACUGUCAACAAUCUAAAGAUUCUAACUCUUCGGAUUGUUGAAAAUAGAUUUUAAAUUGUUUU